UACCAAAUGCCUUGUAAAGAUUGGGGUCACGUAAAGUGGUAUAAUCAGUUUCACUCAUUAUUCAGUAACAUUAUUCGUUGGUUGACGUCAUCGAGUUAAGCAGUCUGAAAUUCUCAGACAAUGUUCUCUUAGCAGUGUUCCUUCAUAUUACUAAAAAAGGUGAAUGGGAAUUCCCAAGUAUUAACUGGGGAAUCACCGUUGAAUGAGAAAAUUGCUUGUACCGUGUUGCUGCUUAUCACUUAUGGUGAGGAAGACGUCAAGCAGCAAUUUUGAGAAGAUAGUGCGAAACACAGGAAUUCGAAAACAAGAUCAUAAGUUGCGCACAUUAUUUCCGUGGAUAGGCGUCAAUAUAUUGUUACAGAUUGUGGUCGAGAAGAUCGUGCUUAAUAUUUUCAACAAAAGAGUUAGUCAUGAGCGAUUACACUCAUCAAGAGGAGGUUCCCUCGAGAAGGUUGUCAUUCUGGUUAACAACAGAGAAGAAGACAUGUUUCCGGAUAAAGAGAUAAGUUCAAUCUUUGAUCGAAAUGUAUUCGGUACAGAAAAUUGUUCCUUUGAAGUGAAUCCAGUGGAUCAAGAAAUAAAUGUCGCUAAAACGACACAAAAUAUCAGUGUAUUUGUUGGUGAACGUAGUCAACGCAAUGUUUUCAGUUCGUUUGAACAAACUGGUGACGGGAGUUAUCGCAACCAGACAAGUGAGAUCGAACCGUACCAUCAAGGAGAACCAGAUUUUCAAGCUAUGCAGCUGGACGAUAGCCUUCUCGUUAACAACAGAGAAGAAGACCUGUUUCCGGAUGAAGAGAUAAGUUCAAUCUUUGAUCGAAAUGUAUUUGGUACAGAAAAUUGUUCCUUUGAAGUGAAUCCAGUGGAUCAAGAAAUAAAUGUCGCUAAAACGACACAAAAUAUCAGUGUAUUUGUUGGUGAACGUAGUCAACGCAAUGUUUUCAGUUCGCUUGAACAAACUUAUGACCGGAGUUAUCGCAACCAGACAAGUGAGAUCAAACCGUACCAUCAAGGAGAAACAGAUUAUGAAGCUACGCAGCUCGGCGAUAGCCUUCUCGUUAGAAAGAGAGACCUGAAUCCAGUGGAUCAAGAAAUAAAUGUCGCUAAAACGACACAAAAUAUCAGUGUAUUUGUUGGUGAACGUAGUCAACGCAAUGUUUUCAGUUCGAUUGAACAAACUGGUGACGGAGUUAUCGCAACCAGACAAGUGAGAUCAAACCGUACCAUCAAGGAGAACCAGAUUAUGAAGCUAUGCAGCUGGACGAUAGCCUUCUCGUUAAAAGAGAGAGAAGACCUGUUUCCGGAUGAAGAGAUAAGUUCAAUCUUUGAUCGAAAUGUAUUCGGUACAGAAAUUUGUUCCUUUGAAGUGAAUCCAGUGGAUCAAGAAAUAAAUGUCGCUAAAAUGACACAAAAUAUCAGUGUAUUUGUUGGGGAACCUAAUCAACGCAAUGUUUUCAGUUCUCUUGAACAAACUGGUGACGGGAGUUAUCGCAACCAGACAAGUGAGUUCGAACCGUACCAUCAAGGAGAACCACAUUCUGAAGCUAUGCAGCUCGACGAUAGCCUUCUCGUUAACAACAGAGAAGAAGACAUGUUUUCGGAUGAAGAGAUAAGUUCAAUCUUUGAUCGAAUGGAUUUUCAAUCAUUGCAGCUCGUCGUCAGCCAUCUCGUUGACAACACAGAAGAAGAUACGAUGCAUAAUGAUAAUGACCCUGAAAAUUGGUUCUACUUUUCUUUCAGUGAAAGAUACGAAGAGCUCGAUUUGAUGUCAACGAUUUCAGAACUUUGA